CAAAUAUAUUUUAGAUGUUCAAGUUGAUGCUGACCUAACUUCAGAUUCUAUACUUCAUUUAGUUCAUUUAUUCGACAAGGCUGAAAAAACUAGUCAGAAAGAAAAAUUAUUAUGGUAUUACUAUAUUGAAGCUACUAGUUCAUUUAUAAGUAUAUCCACAAAAACCUUUGAAACAACAAUGGGAAAUGUUAAAUCUGCUCUUGAAAAUGUUAAUGAUACAUUGCUCUCUCCUGUUAUUAUACCUCCUCCCAACCUUCAGUAA